CCUAAGAAUCCUGGAACAGAACUGAAGCCAAAAAGCAAAAGAAGAAAGAGAAUGGAUCGGUGAAAGGGAAAUAAUAUGCAGAGCUCUUCCAGCUACAACAACAACAUUAACUAGAAUAGUAACCAGCAGGUGACGAGUAUGAUGGAGGAAGACGAGGUCUUGGAUGAGACGACUGAGAGUUCUAAUCUCGAUGAUCCCAUCUCUGAUGAACCUGAUGAUACUCUCAUUGGUGGCGACAAGACCAGCGCUGACUAUUACUUUGAUUCUUACUCUCACUUUGGUAUUCAUGAAGAAAUGUUGAAGGAUACAAUCAGGACUAAGACAUACCAAAACGUUAUUUAUCAAAAUAUUUUCCUCUUCAGGAACAAAGUGGUCCUUGAUGUGGGAGCUGGGACUGGAAUUUUGUCUCUGUUUUGUGCAAAAGCAGGGGCAAAGCAUGUUUAUGCGGUUGAAUGCUCCCAAAUGGCAGAUAUGGCAAAAGAGAUUGUGGAAGCCAAUGGAUUUUCAAAUGUUAUAACAGUUUUGAAGGGAAAAGUUGAAGAGAUUGUGCUGCCAGUUGCUCAAGUAGAUAUCAUCAUUUCGGAAUGGAUGGGGUAUUUUCUGUUGUUUGAGAAUAUGUUAAAUACAGUGCUGUAUGCACGCGAUAAAUGGCUUAUUAAUGAUGGAAUUGUGCUACCAGACAGAGCUUCUCUAUAUUUGACGGCCAUCGAAGAUGCUGAAUACAAAGAAGACAAGAUUGAAUUCUGGAAUAAUGUAUAUGGAUUUGAUAUGCGCUGUAUCAAGAAGCAAUCCAUGAUGGAACCUCUAGUUGACACCAUUGACCAGAACCAGAUUGUUACAAACAGCCAGCUACUUAAGACUAUGGAUAUCUCUAAAAUGGCUCCUGGGGAUGCUUCCUUUACGGCACCCUUCAAGCUGGUGGCGGAACGCAAUGAUUACAUCCAUGCUCUGGUUGCAUAUUUUGAUGUCUCAUUUACGAAGUGUCACAAGUUUACUGGCUUCUCAACAGGGCCAAGAUCAAGGGCCACCCAUUGGAAACAAACAGUACUAUAUCUGGAAGAUGUGCUAACCGUAUGUGAAGGGGAGGCAGUGGUUGGGAGCAUGAAUGUGGCACCCAACAAGAAGAAUCCCCGUGAUGUAGACAUAAUACUCAAGUAUUCAUUGAAUGGCCAGCGUUGCCAAGUCUCAAGAACACAACAUUUUAAAAUGCGUUGAUUUGUGCUGUGAUCCCCCAUGACAAGAAUACUAAGAUUUUCUCUCUUAUGUUGUGGUACUUUGUUGCCAUAAUUUGUAACAGUUGAUUCCAAAGAGAGCUACAAUUUUUUUCUUACAUUAUUUUAAGACGAGCAGCUGAGUGGCCCUAUAUGUAACAUGUUCUUGUAUUUUGAUUGAAAUUAAUUCAAGUUGAUUCACCCGAGUAA